GUUGUAUAUGUAACAGCCACGUUCCCCUAUAUCAUGUUGAUGAUUCUUCUGAUUCGUGGAGUAACGUUACCAGGUGCUUCCGAGGGGAUAAAAUUCUACUUGUACCCUGACCUUUCUCGACUGUCGGACCCACAGGUGUGGGUGGACGCCGGCACGCAGAUAUUCUUCUCUUAUGCGAUCUGCUUGGGGUGCUUGACAGCCCUGGGAAGUUACAACAACUAUAAUAAUAACUGCUACAGAGACUGCAUCAUGCUCUGCUGCUUGAACAGUGGCACAAGCUUUGUUGCUGGUUUUGCUAUCUUUUCAGUUCUUGGAUUUAUGGCUUAUGAACAAGGCGUGCCCAUUGCAGAAGUUGCAGAAUCAGGACCAGGACUUGCAUUCAUUGCUUACCCUAAAGCCGUUACCAUGAUGCCUCUUUCUCCUCUGUGGGCAACUCUGUUCUUCAUGAUGCUUAUAUUCCUUGGAUUAGAUAGUCAGUUCGUGUGUGUUGAAAGCCUUGUGACAGCUGUUGUAGAUAUGUACCCAAAGAUUUUCCGAAGGGGCUACAGAAGAGAACUGUUGAUUCUCGGCCUUUCCAUUGUGUCAUACUUCAUUGGCCUAAUAAUGUUAACUGAGGGUGGGAUGUAUGUCUUUCAGUUAUUUGACUCUUAUGCAGCUAGCGGCAUGUGCCUUCUUUUUGUUGCCAUAUUUGAAUGUGUCUGCAUAGGCUGGGUUUAUGGCAGCAAUCGCUUUUAUGAUAACAUUGAAGAUAUGAUUGGGUACAAACCACUGUCACUGAUUAAAUGGUGCUGGAUGGUCUUAACUCCAGGUAUUUGCGCAGGAAUCUUCAUCUUUUUCCUGGUGAAAUACAAGCCUUUGAAAUACAACAAUGUAUAUAUAUACCCUGACUGGGGCUAUGGCAUAGGGUGGAUGAUGGCGCUCUCUUCCAUGAUCUGUAUCCCCUUGUGGAUGUGCAUUAAGCUGUGGAAGACAGAAGGCACUUUCAUAGAGAAAUUCAGGAAGUUGAUUACACCCAGCUCAGAUCUGAAAAUGAGAGGGAAACUUGGAGGAGGAGCCUACAGUGCAGCAAUAAAUGACUGCGAUGCCAAACUGAAAGGAGAUGGCACCAUUUCAACCAUUACAGAAAAGGAGACACAUUUCUGAAAGAACUAUCUCUCUUUUUUUUUUUUUUUUUUGUAUAAAUAAAAUAAAUAAAUAAAUAAAUUCACUUAAUUAUAGAGGCUGGCUUGUUUUGCACAAAACUUUAUUAACCAGUUAAUUUUAAAGUGAAAAUUGUAUACUUGUUUAAAAGUGAUUUUUAAAAAUUACUAUAUAAGUAAUGAUUAUGUAAAAGAAAAAGAAAUAGUAUUAUAUGCUAUGUUAGUGAUGACUUCUUGUAAUAUGGUGAUUUCAGUAAAUGUUUUUUUAGAAGUUAGAGGGACCUGUAUAAUGUGCUGUAAAACUUUUCUACUUUGAUUUCUGUCCGAUGUAAUGUUGUAUAGAUAUAUGCACUCUAAUCUGUAAGCAUUUCAGACCAUUGCAGCUUUUAAUGUAUGUAUAUAAAGGGGACCAGAAUGUCCUUUUGUU